AUGUGGCGGGCCGCUGGGGUAUAUAAGACUCCUCGGGCUCCGGUUUGCUGGGUCCCCGGGCCCAGCCUGCGGAUGGAGACCGCCGAGCGCACAGAGAGCCCCGCAGUCCAGUACGUUCGCGGCCGUAGCCGCCUGCUGCCCACCUCUCCCGAAGGCCGGAUGCUGAGCAGGAGAGCGGACUCCGGGUACCGCACCUCGGCCCCGCCCUGCGCCUCCCCCGCUCCAUCCCUACCGCUCGCGCCUCCCCAGCUCCUCCUCCCGGCACUCCGCUCCCGACAUCCUCCUAGCCCCAGCUCAGCUGCUGUCUGUUCUAAGGGUUCUGCUUUCACGUCUCCUCUGCGCACCUUGUGCUCCCCACCUCGCAGAUCCGCAGGCUUCUGGAGACCAUGGGUUGAAGACCAAGGCGAAAAGGAGGAGGAGGCGCCGCACCGCACCACGGAGGCGAUGCCCGAUGGCCCCGGAAUAAGGGACGCCUCAGGAAAGCUUUCCAGGUACAGACACCCAGUCAGACUAUUUUGGCCAAAAUCAAAGUGUUAUGAUUACUUGUAUCAAGAAGCAGAAGCUCUUCUGAAAAAUUUUCCAAUUCAAGCCACAAUUUCAUUUUAUGAAGAUUCUGAUAGUGAAGAAGAAAUUGAGGAGCUGAUCUGUGAAAAUUAA